AUGCCCAUGGAGAGAUAUCAGUUUAUGAGCAAUGUCUGGAAGGAUGGCAUCUUUGACAACAAGGUCCUGUUCUGCACCGGCGGAGCUGGCUCCAUCUGCAGCGCCCAAGUCCGCGCCAUGGUGGCCCUCGGCGCAAACGCAUGCAUAGUCGGGCGCAACGUGGAAAAGACGGAAAACAUGGCCAAGGACAUUGCGACGGCACGCCCCGGGGCCAAAGUCAUGGGCAUCGGUGCCAUCGACGUGCGCAAGCCCGAACUCCUCGAGCAAGCCGCCCAGCGCUGCGCAAAAGAACUCGGCAGCAUCGACUUUGUCAUUGCCGGCGCGGCAGGCAACUUUCUCGCGCCCAUCGACCAGCUCUCGACCAACGCCAUGAAGAGCGUCAUGGACAUUGACGUGCUGGGCAGCUACAACACGGUCAAGGCCACACUGCCGUAUUUGGUCGAGUCCGCUGCCAAGCACAGAACCGACGGAGCCACACAGCCGCCCAACGGAACCGGUGGCCGCAUCAUCUUCGUCAGUGCGACGCUGCACUACACUGGCACACCGCUCCAGGCGCACGUGUCGGUCGCAAAGGCCGGGGUGGAUGCCAUGGCCGUUUCAGUUGCUAUUGAGCAAGGCCCCAAGGGCGUGACUUCAAACGUCAUUGCUCCCGGCCCUAUUGCCGACACCGAGGGCAUGGCCCGACUGUCCAAGCCAGACAACAACAGCAGGACCGGCAAGAAGAUCCCCAUUGGCCGCUGGGGCACCGUCAAGGAAAUUGCAGACGCAACCAUCUUUUUGUUUUCGGAUGCUGGCAACUUUGUCAAUGGAGAGACGCUUGUCGUUGACGGUGGCGCCUGGCGUACCGCUGGCCUUGGUAACAGCUUCGAGUACCCGGAUUUCCUGCUUUCCGGCGAGGCCGUGACGGGUGUUGCGGGUGGCAAGAAGGCCAAGUUGUAAAUGGAAUACUGUUUCAAUGGGCGUACGUUAGGACGAAUAUGUCCUGUAAGGUGAAUAUGCAUUAUUCAAGGUUGAUUGGUGGAGAGUUGUUAUACAUGGGCGUCUAGUAGCGCCGAGCAUGAGGGAUAUGUUAUCAUGAUUUGGAGUAGGAAUAGCUUGGAGAGCAAGAGAAAGGAAUUUAAAAAACUCAUCUUGAAAGCAAGUAAUAUGUACAUGACUGCAAGUGCACUGUCAAGUACCCUGUCAAGUAUAGUAACACAUCAAAUUACAUCACUCUAGUGAAUACAUCUUAGUAGCGGAGCUCUAUCUCCC